UCCCGGCGUGACCUGUCGCGAGCCGGGGAGGAGCGAAGGGCCGCUCCGCGCUGCCUCCAGGCGGGGCCGGCCUCUGCCCCCGAAAUCCCCUUCCCGCCUCGCAGCCUUGCACAGCGCGGCCGGGAUCCGGCCCAGCCGGCGGCACCGCGCCACGUGCGCGCCCGGGUACUCCUGAAUAUUCCUGCUGUAAACCUUGCUGUGGCACCUGCGAGGGACGCACGACCCCAGAAGGUCUCCCUCAGCCGUGACCAGGGCUUGGGGCUUUCCUCCUCCACGACCCCGAUGUUGAUGUGGCGCAGGGCAGCCAUUGGGCCCCAAAGGAGUGGUGGGAUGGUUCAGCAUCCUCGGGCAGCACCUUGCAGCUCGUCCCAAAGGACCCCCGGAGCGCCCGUGCCAUGGCAGCCUCGCUGAGCCGUGUGUGCCACAUCUCCCUCCACAUCCCCUACGGGCAGGCCUGGGCCCAGGACCUCGCCACCGCGUUUCGCUUCCAGCCCUUCGCCGUGCGGGAGACGCCGCGGGUCCGGCAGCUGGCUCUCCGGCGGGGCACUGCCGUCUUCGUCGUCAACGAGCGCCUGGCAGCCAGGCACGCCGGCAGCUCCCACGGGGACUUCCUCUACGACGUGGACCCCCGGCCAGCCUUGGGCACGGCCUCCAACGUCUGCUUCGAGGUGGAUGACGUACCUGGGCUCUGUGAGCGGCUGCAGAGCCGGGGGUGCUCCCUGCAGGUGCCCCCCACCGAGGUGGGUGAUGACGGUGGCUCCGUCACCUAUGGGGUGGUUAGCUCCAUCGUGGGCAACAUCAGCCAUACCCUGCUCGACCGAUCCCGCUACCGGGGGCCCUUCCUGCCUGGCUUCCAGGCAAUCCCGGGAGCCCCCCCAGAUGUUGGGGAUCAAGUUGAAAUCACCCACUUUGACCACAUCACCUGUGUCUGCUCACGGGGCAGUGCCAGGGCAGCUCUGGACUGGUACCAGCAAUGCUUUGGUUUCCAGCGCUUCCUGCUGAACCCGCAGGAGACCCUGGCCGAGGGGUACGCGAUCAGCGGGCAGGGGGUCGGCAUGCUCCUCCUGGCACUGCAGAGCACCAAGGGCGCCCCAGCCCCGCCACCCCACAACUGCAAACUCAUCCUCGUCGAGUCCCUCUCGCAGGACAGCACAAACCAAGUCGAUACCUUCCUGGAGCAGCACGGGGGGGCUGGGAUUCAGCACGUCGGCCUCUGCACCCCAGACAUUGUCAGCACAACCAGGGCCUUGAAGCAGGCCGGUGUGCAGUUCUUCAUGCCCCCUACCACCUAUUACAACCAGGGGGGCAAAGAGGAGGAGAUCCAGGGCACUGGGCAAGACCCCCGCACACUAGCAGAGCUGGGCAUCCUGCUGGACACUGCAGUGCCCGAGGAUGGCAAGAAUGGCUGGCUGGGUGCUGACACCUCAGAGACCCCCACCCAGAAGAAAUAUUUAAUGCAGAUCUUCACCCACCCCAUCUUCCCCGAGGAGACCUUCUUCCUGGAGCUCAUUGAACGGCGGGGUGCCCCGGGCUUCGGGGAAGCCAAUAUACGGGCACUGUGGAAAGCCGUGCAGGUCCAUAUGGCCCAGCAGCAGUAGCAGCAACUCCACAAGCCUCCUCCUGUCCCCCCUGGGGGUGGGACCCCACUGCAGAUACCAACAUGCAACCGCAGCACGGCUGAGGUUAGCAGGGACUUUGGGAAGUCUCUGAUCCAACCCAAAGCCAAGCUCAGCUCAGGGCCAGCUGAGGAUGGAGAUUGAUUUCUCCCCUCCCUGAACUCCCCCUUCCAGUGAUUUAUCACCCCCUUGUACAUAUGUUUUUGUCUUAAUUUAAACUUAACCUAAGCAGACUUGCAUCUGCUGCAUGGACAGGUUCACUGCAAGCUGUGCAGGGAUGAAGCCCCAGAGGCAAGGGGCUGCCAGAGGGAAGGGAGCAGGCAUGGACACAGCCACCACAUGGGGGUUAUGGCCUAGAGCCCUGCCAGCUCUGGUACAGUGACUUCCUCUUAAUUAUCUCAAUUAAAGAGCUAACCUUAAAACAG